UGUGGAGAAGAAAACAGAACAGAAAAUCUUUAUCUUUGCCCUCGUUUGCUAGGCAUUUGCCCCAAGUUUCAUACAAUAUGAUUUUCAGAGCAACAGGGGGGUUCUCAACAUCCAAUUUGAUAGGCAAAGGAAGAUACAGUUAUGUAUAUCGAGGAAAAUUAUUCGAAGAUGAUAAUAUGGUUGCUGUCAAAGUAUUCAACCUAGAGACAAGGGGAGCACAAAAGAGCUUCAUCGCAGAAUGUAAUACUUUGAGAAAUGUUCGGCAUCGCAACCUAGUUCCUAUCCUAACUGCAUGUGCAAGUAUUGAUUCAAAAGGAAAUGAUUUUAAGGCCUUGGUUUAUGAGUUUAUGGGACGAGGUGACUUGCAUGCAUUACUACACUCAGCACAAAAUGAUGAAAACACUUCAUAUCUGAACCACAUUACAUUGGCUCAGAGGAUAAGCAUUGUGGUCGAUGUAUCUGAUGCGUUGGAGUACCUGCACCAUAACAACCAAGGAACUAUUGUUCACUGUGAUCUGAAGCCUAGCAACAUACUUCUUGAUGAUGAUAUGAUUGCUCAUGUUGCAGACUUUGGACUUGCAAGAUUCAAGACCGGUUCUUCAACACCAUCUCUAGGGGAUUCAAGCUCAACUUAUUCCCUAGCAAUAAAGGGAACCAUUGGAUAUAUCGCAUCAGAAUGCUCAGAGGGCGGUCAAGUUUCAACUGCCUCAGAUGUAUUCAGCUUUGGAGUUGUUCUCUUGGAAUUAUUUAUUCGGAGAAGGCCAACAGAAGACAUGUUUAUGGAUGGAUUGAGCAUUGCAAAGCAUGUAGAGAUGAACUUCCCUGACAGGAUACUAGAGAUUGUUGAUCCCCAGCUGCAACACGAGCUGGACCUUUGCCAAGAAACACCAAUGGCAGUCAAGGAGAAAGGCAUACACUGCCUGCGCAGUGUGCUAAAUAUUGGACUCUGCUGCACCAAGACAACACCGAUUGAACGCAUCAGCAUGCAGGAGGUUGCUGCCAAGCUACACGGAAUCAAAGAUUCAUAUCUCAGAGGAAACUAGCUAGCUUUGUGCGCGUCUUUCGGUCAAGUAGUUUUGUACACCAUUGAGUAAAUGAGCGGCCAUCAUGAGUGGUUCUGGCCAAUUGUCUCCGCCACAUUGUUGGUUGAUAACCAACCGGAUAGGCUUGUUUGGGUUUGGACAGCCACAUUGCGCGCUCGGCAUAUCUGGUAAUGGUCCUUGGGCGCGAGGACUUCCCGUUGACUUUGAAAAACAAAGCUCCACACCACUGCCGAUUCUUCAUGUGUGGCUGGUGGCUUAUCGCCGCUGCUGGACAGUGGACCGCCUGAGACCGCGGGGUCUACCGCACCCGAGGUCCGUUGCAUCAUGUAUCUAUGCAUGAGAGAAGUGUUAGUACUUAA